CGGCAGUUUCAGCGCAGUGCGCUCGGCAGCCAGGACUUUGCCUAAAAAAAAAGAAAAAUAACUCGGCAGCCAGGACCAACGACGCGGCGACGACGACGACGACGGCGAGCGUGACGGCCAACGCGCCCAGUCUCCCUACAGAUCCGCGAGGCGGACGGCAAGUUUCAGGGAUCAUCUGCACUGUAAGCUGGUAGCUGAUUGAGAAGAGGGGAAUACCAGCAAUGUUCUCCUUGUUCCAUGGUCUAUGGAACCAUGUGUUCAGCAAGACAGAGUUCCGUGUGCUCAUCCUUGGAGUCCAUAAGUCUGGGAAGACGACCUUGCUAGAAAAGUUGAAGUCAAUCUAUUUGAAAGGAGAAGGUCUUCCACAUGAUCACAUUGGUCCAACUGUGGGGCUUAAUAUUGGACGCAUUGAAGAUGCAAAUGUAAAACUUGUUUUCUGGGAUCUGGGAGGUCAGCCUGGCCUAAGAACUAUAUGGGAGAAAUAUUAUGAUGAGGCUCAUGCUAUAGUAUAUGUUAUCGACUCUGCCUCUGCAUCAACAUUUGAAGAUGCCAAAUCUGCUCUUGAGAAAGUGCUUCGUCAUGAAGAUCUGCAAGAGGCACCACUACUCGUAUUCGCCAACAAGCAGGAUCUACCAGCAGCUGUCACAGAAGAGGAAUUGGAUAGACAUCUUCACCUUAAAGAGUUUGAUGAGAGGCCAUAUAUGUUUGUUGCGGGAUCUGCAUAUGAUGGGACGGGGAUCAAACUGGGUAUCGACUGGUUGGUAGAAGAAAUGGGAAAGAGUAGGCGCACCGAGGCUCUGAGGACACGCACCGACACAUAUGCUAAGUUUUAGCACCAUGACUCAAAACUAUGGUAUCUUAGAUUUUGAGAAGCACAAAGCAUUUGAGGACGCUGGCUGAUGUUGUUGAUCUCGUGUAUACGCACUUCAGCAUAAUGUCAUGAUCAGUUGAAGCCAUCGGUCAUCCUCACUCUGCUAUUGCCCCAGAACAAAAUGCCUUAGAUGUGGAUCUUGCAGUAGUGAUGGAAGAAGCGAUUGUUCGUUCAUCACUCCAAGGAUAUAGUCAUUACUCAUUUGGAUUCGUGUUCAUAUCAUGUUCAUAUGAUCUUCCUUUUGUUGAAACAUCCUGAGUGGCAAUGUUGAGCACAUGGUAGCUUUGUA